UGAACUCGAAGGAUGGGGUCAUCUGUCCUUUAUGGUGGCCAAAGUAGAAGCAUCGGAGAUGGGCGCGACGGGGUAUAUAAGAAGCCCAGCUCGCUCUCUGGCGGCCACAAUCCACCUUACACCACACUCUUGUUCCAGACUUGACCUGAAGUCCCAUCGGUAGUUACCACGAACGUGAACAUGGCACACACCAAGUCCAUCGAUAUGCGGCCCCUGAAGGACGGCCCGGCCCGCAUCUUCCUCAAGUCCCAGUUCUGCGCAAAGCCUCAGUGGCCGCCCAAGUCUACCGACCUGUCCGGAAAUGUAGCUGUCAUCACCGGAGGGAGCUCUGGGCUGGGCUUCCACGCCUGCAAGCACAUCCUCUCCUACAAGCUGUCACACCUCAUACUUGCCGUCCGGUCCGUCAAAAAAGGAGAGGAAGCCGCAGCAACGCUCCGUCACGAGUACCCCGGGGCCAAAAUCGACGUCUGGGAGCUUGAAAUGGGAUCGUACGACUCCAUCCAAGCGUUCGUCCACAGGGUGGAAGCCAACUUGCCCAGGUUGGACAUCGUCAUUCUCAACUCGGGUAUUGUCAAGGUCGACUUUGGCCUGAAUCCUAGUACAGGCCAUGAAGAUGUGGUCCAGGUCAACUAUAUCUCAACCAUGCUUCUGGCAAUCCUUCUCCUCCCAGCGCUAAAAACCAAGUCGUCGCCUGGGAUGCCUGGUCGUCUAAGCAUAGUCGGUUCUGGCACCGCAUACCAAGCCAAGUUUCCCAACCGGACGAUGGUCCCGCUGCUCCAGUCCUUCGAUGAGCCCAAGAUCACCCCUUGGGAUGCAGGCGACAGAUACGCCACCUCGAAGCUCCUCGGCCACUUGUUUAUCACCAAACUGGCUGGCUACGUCAAUCCCAACGACAUCGUCGUGAACAUCGUCGAUCCUGGUCUCUGCAAGGGCUCGGACCUGCACCGGGAUGUCCACGGAUUGGUUUCGGCGGUGCUGUCUCUCGCCAAGAGCACCGCGGGACGGACAUUGGAGGACGGGUCAUCCACAUACAUCGACGCCGCUGUUGUAAAGGGAAAGGAGUCGCACGGGUGCUUCGUGAUGGAUUGGGAAAUCCGGCCAUUUGCAAACAUGAUCUACGAUCUCGAGACCGGUUCUGUCAUUGAACGUCUCUGGGAUGAGACCAUGGCGGAGUUCGAAUUUGUCGGGGCGCGCAGGGUGUUGGAGGAGCUACGGAAAUAACGGCAUAGGGGAAUUUUGGGGAGUAAUCAUCGACACCGAGUGGUUAAUUAACUGGCAGUGAUUAUACAUGCGGGCUCCGGAUGGAGUACCAAUGCCGGGUUGGG